AUGGAUAUCCAUAAAAGACAACUCAUCCAUAAAACGCCACCGCGCCGCGGGAAAGAGCGCGAACGCGUAUCUGCCCGCGCUCGCGGCGGCGCCGACGGCGAAGCAGUGCGCCGCGGCGAGCAGCGACCUGAUCGAUCGCGGGUGAACGAACGAACGCGUCGGUCAAUCGUGCGUCUCACCGGUCAAACGAAACGUACGUUGAAAGGGAAGCGCGGGCGAAGCGCGACGACGGGACGACGGGGAAAGUCUGGUCCUUAA